CAUACAAAAGAAAGUAGUGCAAUCAAGUUGUUGGUGUGGGUAUAUAUGGGCCCUUCACCACACACAACUUAACAUGUGGUCUACAUCCACUCACCACCAUCACCCCCUCUCACCGCCUUCACUUUUCUAUACAUAUUCUUCAAACCCAUCUAUCCUUCACCCCCAAUUCUCUCCUCCCACAACCACCAGACCACCACACACAAACCACCACUUUGACCUCCAAUUCCACACCAAUGGCGGCAACAUAUGCCGUCUCCUGCAGCUCUAGACCUUUCUGUUUACACCGUUUCGGUCAAAAAUCGGCCUCCACAACCACCCAAUUACCCUUCUCGUAUCGAAAUUUCGACCCACUUGUUCGCUCUAGGCGAACACCUACUUUGACCAUAUGUUUUGUUAGGGCAGACCAAAAGUUUGAUGCUCUUGAAAACAACUCUAGUAAUAGUACUAGCAGUACUGGUACCAGUAGUAGUACUACUAAUAAUAAUAAUAGUCCUGGCCCCGGUGGUCAAGGCCAGGGCCAGGAUUCUUCGCCACCGGAAUUGAUAAUUCCGGUGCUGAAUAGGAAUAGUAGUGCGGUGGAGGAGAAAAUGAAGAGGAAGAAAUCUGAGCGGUUUACUUACCUUGUGGCUGCUAUUAUGUCUACAUUUGGAAUCACUUCUCUGGCUGUUAUGGCUGUUUAUUACCGGUUUUCGUGGCAAAUGGAGGGUGGAGAGAUUCCUUAUGUGGAGAUGUUUGGUACAUUCGCUCUUUCUGUUGGUGCUGCGGUAGGAAUGGAGUAUUGGGCAAGAUGGGCUCAUGAAGCACUAUGGCAUGCUUCUUUGUGGCACAUGCAUGAGUCACACCAUAAACCACGAGAAGGUCCGUUCGAGCUCAACGACGUGUUCGCGAUUAUAAACGCUGUUCCAGCGAUUGCGUUGCUGAAUUAUGGGUUCUUUCACAAAGGCAUAGUUCCCGGUCUCUGUUUCGGCGCAGGGCUGGGGAUCACGGUGUUUGGAAUGGCGUACAUGUUCGUCCACGACGGUUUGGUUCACAAAAGAUUCCAAGUGGGUCCCAUUGCAAAUGUUCCUUACCUGCGAAGGGUUGCAGCCGCUCAUCAGUUGCAUCACACAGAGAAAUUUAAUGGAGUUCCUUAUGGCUUGUUCUUGGGACCUAAGGAGCUUGAAGAAGUGGGGGGAAUGGAGGAAUUGGAGAAGGAAAUCCAAAGAAGAAUUAAGUUGUAUAAUAAUAAAUGAACUUAUAUAAAUAAAUUUAUAUUUAUAUCUUUUUAUUUUGUUACUUGUUAAGCAUAGGAAAGUAUAAAAAAAGAGGGGAAAAAAGAGAGAAUUUCCUAUAAAAAAAGGAAAAAAAGAUGGAAUUUUGAAAAAAAAAAAGUAGGUUUCAAAUACGUGUGUAAACUAAUUUACUUUAUUCAAUUAGUGUUUUUACACGCUACUCGCUAGAUGACGGGAUUUUAAUGUUAGAGAUUGUUUUGUUU